CAGAGUCAGAGUCAGAGUCCGAGUCAGAGUCCAAGCUCGAGAUUGAAUCAAAGGAAGUGGAGCGCUCGGCAUCGGCCGUUCCAGGGGAGAAUGUGUUCAAUAUUUCGCAAUCGCAUCAAUUACCGGAGCACAGGCACGCGCAGUGGCUCAUCCAGUGCGGGCAGCUCGUCGGUCGCCGACCCCACGACCGACAGGGACAGUUUGCUGGCGAAGGAGCUGAGUGCGGACAGCAAUAACAAUGGCAGUGCAGCAGACGAGACGCCAGAUGCUGAGAUGGAGCGACAGCUCGAAGCGGACCAGUCGCUGCCCGGCACUGAGCAGCCGGAGAACAGCAACGAGGCGCUGGACUUGUCGGUAAUCCCAGGCAGCCGCUUGCCCACGAGCGGGCAUGUGGCACUAGAAGCUUUACAACAUACCAAAGUGGCGGUGGCACAGUUUGCGGCCACUGCGCUGGCGGGAUCAGUGUCCGAUCCGAACGACCUGGCCAUGGUCCAGUCGACGAUCUUCAACGUUCAGCGCCAGCAUCUGAUGCAGCUGCAGCUCAUCCAGCAUCUACAGAGUCAAUUGAAGCGGGCGGGGGGCGUGGUCGCUGCGCUGAGCAGGCAAGGUCCGAACUAUGCCGAGCCGGACGAGGACGAGGAAGAGGAGGAGGAGCAGCCGGAGCAGACGGACCCGGACCAGCCAGAUCCUUCCAACGAGCCGACGAGCGUGAAUGGCGAGGCAGCGGACAUCGAUCCCGAAAGGCUGCAGGAGAGUUCAAAGACUGAGGAACAGGAAAUGUGCAAGGAAAGGGAGGCAAUAUCCAAUGAGUGCAAUACUGAACGAGAACGAGAGAGAGAGCGCGAUGUAGCCAUGGCCAAGGCUGAGCGGGAGCGUGAGAUUGAGGCCGACGUCGACCAGGAGCUGGAGAAUGAGUAUAAGCCGCUGAUGUGCGACAUCAGCUCCAGUCUGGCAUCGAGCAUAAUCACCAAUCACGACCCGCCGCCGGCUCCCAACGAGCCCAACUGCCUCGAAAUGCUGCAGCGCCGCACGGAAGAGGUGCUGGACUCGGCCUCGCAAAGCUUGCAUGCGGCCCAAAUGCAGGAGGAGUAUUCGGAGUACGCCUCCAAGGAGGCGCAGAGCCGCGGCGAGAUCUUCAAGCACCGCUGCAAGUACUGCGGCAAGAUCUUUGGCAGCUACUCGGCCCUGCAGAUACACCUGCGCUCCCACACUGGCGAGCGACCCUUCCACUGCAACGUCUGUGGCAGCAAGUUCACUACCAAAGGCAACCUGAAGGUGCACUACCAGCGCCAUACGCAGAUUUUUCCCCCCAUGCUGCUGCCGCCUGUGGUCAACGGGGCUCAGCCCUCGGCGUCAGGCUCCGAGCAGUUUGUCUCUCUAGCACCCAUUCGCUUACCCUUCGCCACGCCAGCGCCUUUAGCACCGCCCCCUCCGCCCAUCAGCAGCGAGCACGCGGCAUUGGAGCAGCAGCAGCACGAGCUGCAGGCAUUGUCAAUGCCGGGACAACAGCUUCAGCAAGCCGAGGAUCUGAGCAAGCCGACCAGGGAGCUGUCGCAUUCGCCCAUGCAGCCCGCGCCGACCCCCAAGUCCCUGCCCGAGCGCAGUCGAAGUCUGAGUGGCACGGAUGGUGCUCCGCCCGAGAGCAAGGAAAAGGACAAGUCGAAGGAGAGUCCCAAGUCGACGACACCGCCCACUGCAGCGGCAAGUCGUCGCAACGGAAGCGUGCGCAAGCGCCAGUCUAGCAAUGGGGGUAGCCCGCCGGGCGAGGACCGGGAGCAGGCCGAGCACAUGCAGUUGGUGAAGCUCGUACGUCGCUCCUCGGCAAGCCGCGACGGAGCUAUUGCGUUGCCAGGCGAGUACUCGCUCGCUCAGAUGGAGCGCAUCAUAGACAAGUCGUGGGAGGAUCUAAUCGAGAUCGACAAGACAUCGGAGACAUCGAAGCUGCAGCAGCUGGUGGACAACAUUGAGAACAAGCUGACCGACCCGAAUCAGUGCAUCUUCUGCCAGAAGGUCAUGUCCUGUCGCAGCUCCCUGCAGAUGCACAUACGCACCCACACGGGCGAGCGACCCUUCCGCUGCAAGAUCUGCGGACGUGCGUUUGCCACCAAGGGCAACCUGAAGGCGCACAUGAGUAUCCACAAGAUCAAGCCGCCCAUGCGCAGCCAGUUCAAGUGCCCCGUGUGCCACCAGAAGUUCUCCAACGGCAUCAUCCUGCAGCAGCACAUUCGCAUCCACACCAUGGACGAUGGCAGCGGCAGUCAGGUGCAUGGCCAGGGCCAGGGUCUGGGCGCAGGCGAGGCCGAACGCCUGGGCAUCGAGGAUCAGAACUCCAACAAGUCGAUGUGCACCUCGGACACCCUGGACUUCUCGACCACCAUCUCGGAUCACUCCGGCCAGCGAUCGGAGUCGUCGCAGGGAGGCGACUUCGACGAGUUCAUGACCAUGGACAGCACUGACGACUCCCGAGACAACUCAAGCGCGGCCACGGCGACACUGCUUGACAGAGACAGACGGCCGGGCCACGACGACGAGCGCUCCAGAUCGGAUCUGGAUGGCGGUGGGCGUGAAAGCAACAGCGGCGAGAUGCCCGCAAUGGAUCUCUCGUCGCCCUCUCCGUCAUCAGCCUCGGCCUCCGCCUCUGCAUCAGCCUCAGCUGCGGCGGCAGCGGCAGCAGCGGCUGCGGCGCGCCUCUUUGGAGUCGGCAACAAUUCAGCAGCAGCAGCAGCAGCAGCUGGUGGAACUGGAGCUUUACCGAUGCUGGGCAUGCCCAUGCCGCCGAAUCUGCUGCUGAUGGCAGCGGCGCGCGAGGAGAUGCACGCACUAGGCCAGACGCAUGCCAAGUUUCCACUGCUGCCCUUCGGACCGCUCGGAUUAAUGGGCCUGCAGCCGCCCCCAAAUGUGUGCAACUUGUGCUUCAAGAUGCUGCCAAGCCUGGCCGCCUUGGAGAGCCAUCUACAGAGCGAACAUGCCAAAGAAAUGACGGCUCCUUCCGGCCGAGCCCAUUGCAACGAGACUGCCACGCCCUACGGAGCCAAGCUCACUCUCAAUCCAAAUCUAUUUGCCAAGAAGCCGAAGCAGCCGCAGGAGCCGGCGCCAGCGGAGCCCGUGACGCCAUCGGCGGCAUCCAUUAAAGAGGAGCCCGACUCCGACCAGCCGCCGGUCGACGAGGGUGGCUGCGACAGUGGUGCAGCGGCUGCCGCGGCCACCGGCUAUCAGCAGGAGACGGCCGGCGAUGCGGAGCAGUCGCUGAUGAAGAUGCAGUUGCACGCCCAUCGUUUCCCGGCUAGUCCGCUGGACUUUCAGCAGGCCCUGAUGUCGGCCGGGCCACCCAGCUCCAGUCUCGAUCCGCCGGUGAACAACAAGCACUUCUGCCACGUCUGCCGGCGCAACUUCAGCUCUAGCUCCGCUCUGCAGAUUCACAUGCGAACCCACACCGGGGACAAGCCCUUCCAGUGCAACGUCUGCCAGAAGGCCUUCACCACCAAGGGCAACCUGAAGGUUCAUAUGGGCACGCACAUGUGGACGAAUCCGACGUCUCGUCGGGGCCGGCGCAUGUCCUUGGAGCUGCCCAUGCGUCCAGGACCUGGCCCCGGCUCGGCACACGGCGCGCCCUCUGCCGAGCAGGAGUUCAUGCAACGUCGCCCGGAGCUCUUCUUCCCCUAUUUGCCACCAUUCUUCAAUGGGAUUCCACCCAAGCCGGGUGAACUGAGUCCAGGUGCGUUCGCCAACAUACCGCCGCCGCACUUUGCUAACGGAGCUAAGUACCCGUAUCCGCCUGGCCUGCUGGGCUUCCCCAACUUCUUGGGCGGGGCUGGCGUCCAUCACCAGUACCCGCAUGCUGCGGAGAGGAGUAGCAGCAAGUCACCUACAUCGGAGCCGGCGCAGAGUCCUGCCUCCCGGGAAGACGACGGAGCCCUAAGCAACAACAUUUGGCAUCCGCUGAAUAACAUCAAGGUGGAAAACAAUCAAAACGAGAAUAUUGGCAAUCAGAGCGAGCUGGAGCAGGAGGACAACGGUAACGCAGAUGCGGAUGCUGACCAGGAAGCGGCUGGCCUCUCGAUGGGGGCUGACGAGUUGGGCUCGCUGGGCGGCGAGAAGUAGCUGUAAUAUAUUUAGUUUGACAGCCGUUGGGAAUACACAUGGUUUUUGUGGAGUACAUAUCUUGAGCAUAACACUACGCUAAGCUUGAUCUAGCACACAUAUAUAUAUACGAAUAUAUCCUCUGUGUCUAUAUAUAUAUACAUACAUACACACACAUAUAUACAUAUGUAUUUAAACUAAAGUACGAGUAAUUGAUGGCGAUUUUGAGGCAUUUAAAUGCAUUAAGUAUAGCAAUAAGUUGUAUAAACUGCAAAACGUGAGCAAAAACAAAUCAGAUUCAACACACACACACACACACUUAUACACAGACACAGACACAAUUAACUAAUUUUAUGGUUACACACACAAUGCAAAAUAUAAUAAUAAAAAAAAGUAGAUACACGUAAUGUAAACUGUGGUAGUUGCAUAUAAAAAGCGAAAUCGAAAAUCGAAUGAUCAAAAAUAAAAUCGUGCGUGCAAAUUGCAAAAUUCAAA